CAUCCGGGAACCGCCGCUGACCCCUGACGUGACCCUGCAGGAUUGCAAACAUGGCGGAGCCCUCCCUCGGGAACUCGAGCCCAGGAGGUUCAGCAGGUUCCGAUGACCAUGAUUUUGAUCCAUCAGCUGACAUGCUCGUCCACGACUUCGACGACGAACGAACCCUGGAGGAAGAAGAGAUGUUGGAGGCAGCAGAUGACACCAACGCCAAUGAGAUUGAAGAUCUUGCAAGGGAGGGCGAGAUGCCCAUUCAUGAGCUGCUGAGUCUCUACGGUUACGGGGGCAGAUCGCCAGCAGAUGAUGAUGAGGACGAAGAGGAGGAGCCUGAGGAAGAAGAGGAUGACGACGACGAGGAUGAGGAAGAAGACCUCGACAACGAUGAGAGCAGCAGGAGCACCGGCGAACUGAAAAGAAAUGAGGGUGAGGAUGUAAAGAACUCGUCAGGGCAGGCGGGGGAGGCCCAGUCAACAUCCGAGGGUCGGACGCGCUCGGUCAGGUCGCUCGGCACAGCAGAACUCAUUCGCCCCCAGAAACUAAAGUACUUUGAAAGUAAUAAUGACGCAGAGGAGGAGUCGGAUGAAGAUGAGGACUAUGUUCCAUCUGAAGACUGGAAAAAGGAGAUCAUGGUGGGCUCCAUGUAUCAGGCAGAGACUCCCGUCGGCCUGUGUAAAUACAAAGACAACGAGAAAGUUUAUGAAAACGACGACCAGUUAUUGUGGAACCCCGAGUGUCUCCCCGAAGGCAAAGUUGUGGAGUUCUUGACGGAAGCGUCGAGGCGAACGGGAGAUGAGAAGGGAGUGGACGCAAUCCCAGAGGGAUCCCAUAUCAAAGACAACGAACAAGCAUUGUAUGAACUAGUGAAAUGUGACUUUGACACGGAGGAAGCUUUAAGAAGACUAAGAUUUAAUGUAAAAGCAGCCAGAGAAGAAUUAUCUGUCUGGACCGAAGAGGAAUGUAGAAAUUUUGAACAAGGACUAAAAGCUUAUGGCAAAGACUUUCAUUUAAUACAGGCCAACAAGGUGAGAACUAGGUCUGUAGGAGAAUGUGUGGCCUUUUAUUACAUGUGGAAGAAGUCUGAGCGUUAUGAUUUCUUUGCACAGCAAACCAGACUUGGGAAAAGGAAAUACAACCUUCACCCUGGUGUAACAGACUACAUGGACAGAUUACUGGACGAGACAGAGAGUGCAACAUCCAGCAGGGCGGCAUCGCCUCCUCCCACCACCUCCAGCAGCAGCACCAGCCACUCAGAGAGGGAAGACAGCAGCAGCCAGAACGGUAUCGCAAGCCACAACUCAACCCACCCGGUGGACGGCGCUCCGCUGCCUCCAGCAAACCAAGUGAAACCUGAGGGAGUCCAGUCCAACGGCCCGUCACACCCGUCAGCAGAAGCCCCGCCUCCGGUUUCAGACAACAACUCCAACGGUUGCAGCCAACCCACGGCUCCCAGCCACGACAGAAACGGCUCCCUGGAGCCCCUGCUAGACCACAGAGACACGGCGGCGGUGGCUCACGACAGGCCGGCCAAGAGGUGCAGGACGGAGGCCGAGCCUUUAGGCCAAAGUGAGGUGGAACCAUCCAGAACGCAGGAGAACUGAAGGCUGCAGAGCUCGGCAAUGUUGACUAACAGACAAAAUACGUCGCUACUUCUCCACCGACGGGUAGUUUAGGGGAGCGGAGGACGAGGAAGAUUGACCCGUGAGCGCCUCAGAGACUCACUGAAAAUCAGCAGCCGGUCCUCCAGGAGGGGCAGCAGCCGCCCCAGCUCAGCCCCCCGUCCCUCCAUCCCAUCCAUGUACCGACUACCCACAAAGCUCAUCCCAAAGUACCACAGCUAGUUCAUGUCCUACAAAACAUCUUCUACCCAUCGGCUCCCUUUUUCGGAGACUGACAAAAUUUUUUGCCAAGAAUUUCCUUUUUUUUUUUUUUUCUAUUUGUACUUUAAAGAAGAUAAAUCACCUGUGAUAUUUUUUUACACAAGAGAUAUUUAUAUUUUUUAACGAAGAAAAAAAACAAAUCUAACGAUGGGUCAUUUGCUGUUCAAGCCAUUUGUUUGCUGUUAAGAAUCCGAUCAUGAGACGGGACGUGUUUUUAACCAUGAUGUGCUUAAGUUGUCAAAAAGAUGCAAAUUUAGGCAAAAACAAGAGGCCGCCGCCGCCGGCUCUCGUUAGUCGCACUUUGAUUGUACGUUUCUCGUCCGUGUCGAUGAGGAGUCGUGUCAGAACCCAGCAGAAACACAUCUUCACUCCCUCACUUCGUUCUCCAUCACGGCCGUGUGUUUUAGGAUAAAUAAGCCGACGGGUUUGUUUGUGUAAAGCAGCUGACAUCAGUGAUGUCCUGUAAGAUAACUCAUGUAGAAGAUCUCUGUAUUUUUGGAUUUUCAUAGUCAGUGCUUUGCUCAACGCUUUGUUUUUACUAGACAGAAUGUUUGUGAUUUUUCAUGUAAAGUUUGUAUAGAUUUCUUACCUUGAGCAGUUGGUACAUUUUUUUAUAACCGUCUGUCCGUUCAUCUCUGUUGUUUUCCGGUCCUCCUCGUGGGCUUUUUGCUUUUCGUCGGGAAGCUGUUUUUUUUUUUUUCUUUCUCUUGAGAUGGAUGUAAUGAAAACGUAGCCAUUCCUUUUCCCCUCCUCCUCCUCCUCUCUGUUUGGCAGUACUUCUCAUUCCUGUGCGAACCUGCUCAAACUCAAAAACGUUUGCAGCGGAAAAGCCCCACGUCGUGGUUCUGUGUGCUGCUUAUUCAGAAUGCUUAGUUCCCAGCAGAAGCUGCCGUCGUUCCUCAGAGCAGCAGUUGAAACUCGCCCCGGUUGAUGUGAACCUGGAAGACUUUAACUCUUGUCAGCGCAGCAGCUGCUCAGCCUGAUGUUUUACUUUGUACUCCAGCUUUGAACUUACAUUCAGAAAUUAAGAUAAGUUUGUCUCCGAUAAUGUUGAUCCAUGUAGUCUCUUUUUGUUUUGUUUGUUUUAUUUCCUUUUUUUUUUUUUUUGAAAAUGAUGUCCUUUUUUUUCUCUGUAAAUGAUGACAUGAAUAAAAAUGAAGUGUAUUCCAAGACUGACUAUGAAUUGAAUAACAUCGGCUAUAUUUAAUAAAUGUAUUAAUAAAGUUGA